AUGGGUAGAGUCAUCCGUAACCAGAGAAAAGGUGCCGGUUCCGUCUUCACCGCUCACACGCGGUUGAGAAAGGGCGCCGCCAAGUUGAGGACCCUUGACUACGCCGAGCGCCACGGGUACAUCCGUGGUGUCGUGAAACAGAUCAUCCACGACUCCGGUAGAGGUGCUCCCUUAGCCAAAGUUGUGUUCAGAGACCCAUACAGAUACAAGUUGAGAGAAGAAACAUUCAUUGCCAACGAAGGUCUUUACACCGGCCAGUUUGUGUACGCUGGUAAGAAGGCAUCUUUGAACGUCGGUAACAUCUUGCCCUUGGGCGCCUGUCCAGAAGGUACCAUUGUAUCGAACGUUGAAGAGAAAGUCGGCGACAGAGGUGCUUUGGGCAGAACAUCCGGUAACUACGUGAUCAUCAUUGGCCACAACCACGAUGAGGGCAAGACGAGAGUCAAAUUGCCCAGUGGUGCGAAGAAGAUCAUCAACUCCGACGCCAGAGGUGUCAUUGGUGUUGUUGCCGGUGGUGGUAGAAUCGACAAGCCAUUGUUGAAGGCCGGCAGAGCGUUCCACAAGUACAAGGCCAAGAGAAACUCAUGGCCCAAGACCAGAGGUGUGGCCAUGAACCCAGUGGACCACCCUCACGGUGGUGGUAACCACCAGCACAUUGGUAAAGCAUCGACCAUAUCGAGAGGCGCCGUGCCUGGUCAGAAGGCCGGUUUGAUUGCCGCCAGAAGAACCGGUUUGUUGAGAGGUACGCAGAAGACCCAGGAUUAG